AUGGCUUUACUUUACUGUUGGUGGAUUUGGCGAGCAAGAAAUGACUUUAUUUUCAAUGAAAAAAUUUGGGCAACGGAUGCUGUUAGUAGGAAAGCGCAAGGGGAUUUUUAUGAAUUCAAGGAUGCAAAUAUUAGGGUCCCCCAUCCCCCCUCGAGUCUCUCUCCCCUGGGAACCUUGGUAUGGCAGCGACUUGAGAGGAAUGUGCUGAAGAUAAACUUCGAUGCGGCGGUUUGCAGAAGCUCAAGUACUAUUGGCACAGGGGCAGUGGCUCGAAGGGAUGAUGGUCGAGUUAUUGGUAUUUUUCUGGCUCUUCAUGCUGGGAUCAACUCAUCCAGAAUUACGGAGGCGUUGGCCAUUCGGGAUGGGUUGAAUUUGGGGAUUGCUUUAAAAUGUCCUAAGGUGCUUAUUGAAUCGGACGCGGAGGCGAUUGUGAGGAAAUGCAAUGAUGGUCAAGACCCUCCCUCCGAUAUUGCAGUAGUUAUUCAUGAUUGCUUAGUUCUGAAAAACUCAUUCAAUUCAUGUGAUUUUGGUUUUGUUAAACGUGAUUGUAACAGGGCUGCACAUUGUUGUGCUCAGAAAACCCUUUCCAAUGGCAUGUGCAAUCUGUGGAAGUCCAUUUUACUCCCAUGGGGUUUGCAUCUCUUUGAUGUUUAG